GCGGCUGAAAUACCAGCAUUGUUUAAUGCGUCAAUUGCAUUACAUGUAGUUCCAGAUCCUGCAAGAUAUAAGGCAAGCUCUAAUUUAAAACUAUUUGCAUGCUUAUUGCGCAAUCCAGCCAUCAAAUAUAAAAUU